CAGUAUUAUACUGUCGAUGGCGCCACGUACACUUGUGUCUAGUUUAAUAAUUUCUUAUAAAAAAGUUAAAUGUUCAUAAAAAGCAUUAAAACUAGAAAUUCUUAAUAUAUAAAAUUCAUCCAGAGAUAUAUAACAAGUAAUUUUACAGCAUCGUAUAAGAUAUAUAAUUGUAAUUAUCUUGAUUUUGAUUCCAAUCAAGACAGAUAACACGUGAGAUUAUCUGUUUAUAAUUUGAGCUGUGCAUUGUUGAUAUUUGCUUAUAUUGUUUAUAUUUAAAUCAAUAAUGAUUGCAUUGGAUACAUCAGUCAAACUUGGAAAAUCUCCAAAAAAACCACAAGUUGAAUUACGAGAAGAGAGUGAUGACAGUGGGCAAGACAGUGAUGAUGAUACCAUGGAAACAGAAGCACAAGAAUUGGAAAGUGCAGGGAAUGGAUUCAAAGAAACUGAAUUCAAAGAAGAUGAACACAACAAUCACAAAAUUGGUGGAAAUCCUAAUUGGGCAGAUGCUAUGCAAAAAAUUCUUAGAACAAAGAAGCCAAAACGUAAAAAAACAAUAGUUUUGUCUAAAGCUAAAAAGUUAUGCGAUGUUAUAAAGACAGAAAAGAGUGAAGAGCUGUCUUUUGAAAUUAAAAAAGUGAAAGACGAGAAAGAAGUUGAUCACUCAGAAGACAUUGAUAAUAAUGUAGAAAAGCCGUUAAAACAAAUAAAAGAAAAAAGGAAAGAUCAUUUGGGUAUUAGAGUGAAGCCAAAUAUAAGAGAUAGAGAACGUGAGAGAAUGUUACAAAAGAUUGCAACAAAAGGUGUAGUACAGUUAUUUAAUGCUGUAAGACAACAACAAGGUGAAAUUAGUAAAAAGUUAGUAGAAGCUGGUCCAUUGGAGAGAAAACGUGAGCAAGUACUUAAACACAUUGAUAAAAAUUCAUUCUUGGAUGUUCUUAUGGGUGGAAGUAAAAGUAUUCGAGUAGAUAAUAAUGUGAAGGAUAAAGAGGAAGUUCAUGAAGAAAAUAAUGAAAAGGAGAAAGAAACAUGGAGUGUUUUGAGGGAUGAUUUUGUAAUGGGGACAAAGCUAAAAGAUUGGGACCGCGAAAAUGAAGAUGAAGACUCAUCAGCACCAGAAGAUAUGGAUAGUGAUAAUUAAAUUGUAUAAAAAUAGUUAAUAUUUGUGCAGACUUUAAAGAAUAUUUGUAUAAAAAUAAUUUAAAGGUAUGUUAAUAUUUUUCAUCUUAUAAUAUAAUUGUUAUCCAGUAUGGCAGAAAAAAUUGAGUAAAACUAUUAUUUUAAU